AGGGCGCUGCGAAUUUCUCGGGCAGGGAAUUGGCUGUUAUCUCCACCCGUUGUCCUCGGGCUGUUACAAGGCGUCCUUCAAAGCGCUGGUUGCCAGGGAAGCAAAGGGAGGCGGGAUCGGCUCCGCUUGUGGCAGACCUCCGCCAUGGCCCUUCUGUAGCCUUCUUCCGGUAACUGGUCAGUAACCACAUAAACAACAGGAGAUUGAGCUUCUGAUAAUUGUGAUGGAGCUGCAAAAAGCAACCACAGUCAGUAUUCCUCUGACAUCCCACCCACAGCUGGCCAAAAGUGACACAAAGGCCCCACAGAUACAGCUCCAGUUCAGUCGGAAUGCUCCUGCAUUGCCUGAAAACCUGUCUGUCCACUACACCAAUCCCUGUCCAAUUAUCAUAGAAAAGCUGAAGCAGCCAGUGACUCAACAGAAUCAAGGUGAUGGCGAUGGACUUGAACUAAGGGGUUCUGUUGGAUUCUCGGUUGUAUCUGAAGAGAAGCUCAACCUGGCUGUCCAGUUGGCCAAAAGGGAUGUGAAAAGAAAGCACCUGCAAGAGCAAGUGAAGCAGCAUCCCACCAAGAUGGAUAAGUGUCCUCUGGGGUGUCACUGGGGAAAGGAAUCAGGGAAUGUUGCAGUGUUGAGACCAUCUAAGUCCCACCUGAAAUAUGAACGCCAGCGUAGUAAUCGUUCCAAGAUGGAGACAACCGGCUCUGGAGCAAAAGUCCUCCUUUGUGCUCCAAGUCGUGUUACAUCAGAGCCUGCUUUGUCUGAUUCUCCACCAACACAUGAUCCAGGACCUGGGCCCAAAAAGGAGGAGGACAAAAAUGCCAUAGAGAUCAGAAGGCUACAAAAAGAGCUUCAGAAUUAUAUUCAGAAAAUUGAACUACUAGCAACAAAAGAGAGAAUUGAAAAAUGUUUGGAUCCUGAGGAAGAACGCCGUGUCCAUAUUCGGAGGCAGGAACAAGCUGUGCGCUCUGCCCGAAUGCUCUAUGUACUCCAGCAACAGGUAAAACAAAUCCAAGAAGAUCUGGAGAAGCUGAGUCCCCUUAAAAUUAAACACACAAAGAAGUCACGAGCUCUGGCCAGGCUGGCAGCAGCUCACAGAGGUGCCAUCCGAGCUCUGCAGAUGUUUGUCACUCAUUUUGCUGACUGGUCAGAGCAGCAGCCUGCCUCUGCUCACUGCAAAGAGCUGGGCGAUCUCAUCCGGCAGCUCUCUCUCUGUUCUGCCCGCCUCGAGAUGGACUCAUCCAUUCCUGAUAUCAUCAUAGAUCUGCUGCUGCAAGUUGAGGACCUAGAUUCUGUGUUGUCCAAAAAGGAGUCUCCCAAGAAAGGGCAGGAAUGGCUCUGCGUCUCUCAAGCUGAUGCACCAAAAGGCACCAACAGAUUGCCAAAAAGAGAAAAGAAAUCUUGUGUGCUGGACCAAAAAAAGCCUUUGGUGGCCCGGAAACUUCUUCCUGAUGAACAUCCAGAAUCUGCAGUCCUGUUACCACACAAGGCAAUCAGUCACUGCAACACAAGAGCCCAGAAAGACAUACUCCCUGAGCGAGAGGCAGUUGUACAGUACAAGGGGGAGGCCGUGGGGAGACCAGGACCUUUGAAAGCAGGCUCUGGUUCUGACAGUGGAGCCCUGAAGAAGAGAGGAGUCUUGUUUUCCAUCAGACCUCAGGGUAGCUGUCGGCCUCCCAGAACAAAAACAGUGCGGCCUGUAGCCAAACAGGCCCGGUUUCUAGAACCCACCGUUGCCUUCCGACUCAAGGAGACCAAGCCACCCAUCCGAGACAGUAGAGUCCCAUGGAUGCCUCCUAGUCUCAAGUCCCCCUUCCCCUCCCCUCUGCGGCACCCAGAGAAAAGUCCUGGACAUACCGAACCACCUCUGGAGAUGGAGACAAAGGGAGACGUAAUCCCUGAGAAAGAAGUGCCCAGGGACAAUGGCGCUUCUCCAACUCUGAUUGCAGAGGAGGUAGAGCAAGCUGUUCAUGAGCGUCUGGAGCCUCUUUUGGCAAAACCACAGAAAGUGAAUCUCUCCUUGGAAAGAAAUAUUGGUCAGGAGGAGUCUUUGUGCGACAACCGUUCAUCACUGGACAUUGAGAAGGCUGCAACAAGUUUACCAGGUAUCCGUUUGGAGGAUUGCCGUCUGGAACAGUGCAAGAAGAUGGAGCAUGAGGCUCUUUCUGCGCUCAGCAUAUCUGAUCUGGAGACAAUGAUGAAGAGGAUGGAGGAAAUAGAGCACUACCAAGAAGCUGUGCGCAGACGCUACAACCAGAUUGUUUAUUCUGAUGUUGAUUUCUGGAUCCAGGAGAGCAAAAAGGAAGAGUCUGUAGUGAGAGACCAACAACCUGGGGUUGUUCAUCCCAUCCAGAUAACAAAAUUAGAAAAUCACAAAGAGCCACAAGUAGCCAUUGUGUUGGAAAAGCCUUUGGAUGCUAGUGCUGUUGAUGAAGAGCUGUUGGAGCCCAGGACUGGGACUCUGCAGUCUUUUACACAUCACAUUCCCCCAGAGAAAGAGUCUGGCACUUUCCUCUCCGUAUCUAAAAAUGUUCUCCAAAGCCUCCGUGAUUAUGAUGCCCGAUACAAGCAGCACCUGAAGCGCAUUUUCCUUGAGGAGGUGGGGCAGUUUAACCCUUGGAACAUUGCAGAGAGCCUGGCAGAGGAGCUGACAGAGGAAGCACUGACAGACGUAGCAGCUGAGCUUCAAGGCUUGUGUGAGGACUAUGCAGAAGCUGUCUUCACUUCAGAGUUUUUACAGGUGGCUGAGUAAGUGGCUUUCUGAAGAACACUGGUGAACCUGGCCCUACAAUGAAAACUCUGCUUGGCUGAAAGAUUGAACCUGACAGAGACCACUUCUCAGGGAUGGAAUUUGACAAUUCAUGCAUUACUUUCUAUGUGCCUUCUUGGGAAGGCUGGGUCUGGUGGGGCGUGUGCAAUCCAGAAUAACUGAAUAAUGUUGGGAGAAUUCUGAUUCUUGGAAGCCUGAAAAAAGACACUGUUCCUUUAAAGAGGUUAUGUAUUCCAAAGCACCUUUUCCCAAUCAUUUUCAAAGCAUGCCCAGCCUUAUUGUCCGUUUCGUGAUUCAUUUGGGCUGAGUAUUUGACAAAUUAUUCCCCCCUAAAGUUCUAUGCCUUGUAAAAAGGGUCACUAAUUUCUUGGCUGAGCUCUUGCACUGGCAGCCAUCUUAUGAAAGGAUACUCAUUACUCAAGGGCUGGAUCCAGUUAGCUGAGGAUAGUGACAGAAAGUGCUGGCUCUGUAUUGUGGAGAGCCCAGCCUUAAAGAUACUGCAAGCUUAGCUUCUGGAUUCUCUACUGCUGAUCUUGAUAACACGGUACCACAUUGCACAGUAUUUCAGGGAAUGAAAACAAAAGUAGGUGCUCACCGCUUGAAAAUGUUGCUGACCCCGAGGUUCUACUCCAGUCUUUGUGAAAAUGAAUAGGGUACUUCUAAAAAGUCCAAGUAGUCUGCUCUAUUCAUGCCAGAGGAUAAUGGCAACACUGAGGUUUGGUGAAUGAUAUCCAAUGGCAUCCAUAUUACCAGGUUGAACCCUAGACAACAUUUCUGUUUCCCUUCUGUUUCCCUUCCCACUGCUUAAUCUCAGUGAGCCUUGUUUACAUUUUCUUGGUGCUCUGGGUCUACAAAGCAUUUGAGGUUCCCUUUGACCCUGAUGUCCCUUCCUGUUGGGGUGCUCUUCUCUCAUUUGUGGUUAGUCUGCUGUAUCUCAUUGUACAGAUGGAAGAGUUCUGCAGUAAUAGCAUCAGUUUUUAUCUGAAUUGUCACAUUGAGCAACCGCUUGAGGCUGAGACAAUGGGGAGUUUCCUUAAGCCAACUUCAUUUGAAAAUAAAAAUUAAAUAUUUAUUUUACUGUUGCUAUUUGACCAGCAAUACUUAUUUUGUAUACAGUCAAAAGGAAUUUAUACAAUAAAUCAAUGCACUUCAUACUUGAUUACUUGUUUUUCUACA